ACCGCCCGCUCGCGCAGACCCCGAGCGUGGCCGAGGCGAAGAUGGCGACUGCCAUGUACUUGGAGCACUAUCUGGACAGCAUCGAGAACCUUCCUUGUGAACUUCAGAGGAACUUCCAGCUGAUGCGAGAGCUAGACCAGAGAACAGAAGAUAAGAAAGCAGAGAUCGACAUCCUGGCUGCAGAGUAUAUUUCCACAGUGAAGACUCUCUCGUCAGCCCAGCGUGUGGAGCACCUCCAGAAGAUCCAGAGCGCCUACAGCAAGUGCAAGGAGUACAGUGAUGACAAGGUGCAGCUGGCCAUGCAGACCUACGAGAUGGUGGAUAAGCACAUCCGAAGACUUGAUGCUGACCUGGCGCGCUUUGAGGCUGACCUGAAGGACAGGAUGGAUGGAAGUGACUUUGAGAGCACUGGAGCGCGGAGCUUAAAAAAAGGCCGGAGUCAGAAAGAAAAAAGAAGCUCCCGGGGCCGAGGCAGGCGGACGUCAGAAGAGGAUACCCCAAAGAAGAAGAAACAUAAAAGCGGGUCUGAGUUUACUGACAGUAUCCUAUCUGUGCACCCCUCUGAUGUGCUGGACAUGCCUGUGGAUCCGAAUGAGCCUACAUACUGCUUGUGCCACCAGGUGUCCUACGGGGAGAUGAUCGGCUGUGACAAUCCGGAUUGUCCCAUUGAGUGGUUUCACUUUGCCUGCGUGGAUCUCACCACAAAGCCCAAAGGAAAGUGGUUUUGUCCACGAUGUGUUCAGGAAAAGAGGAAGAAGAAGUAAAGAAGAGGCUGCUGUGCCAGACUGAAGAGCAAGCUAAUAUAUUUCCUCACUCAUGUUGCAAUAUGAUCUUUCAUUUUAAAACUACCUUAUUUCGACUGAUAUUUAAUAAUUCAGUGGCCAGUUGUAAUUUUGGAUAUUUCCUAAAACAAGAAGCCGCUGCACCAUUUGCACAGAACAAUCUCACAGGGACUUGCCACAGUGACUUUAGGAGCAGGCUCCCCAUCCCUCAACCUCCCAGCACUGGGAAUGGCCACACCAUCAGUGAUGUGUGUCAGUUUGAGCUGUAGGCAAAGUGCAUGGUGCAGGGUGAAUGCAUUUUAACCUGUUACACUGCCACUGCUUUGUGACUAGAGGGUCAGCCUUGCGUGUCCAUGGUUUCCAGGAUUGUCUAUGGCAGCAUGGAAGCACAGCUGGUGCUCUGUGAGUAAAGUAUUGUCAGACACUGCCCCAUGCUGUGCUCUGACCCUUACUGGAGACCAGGCACUCUUGGCCAAGAUCCCUCUGAUGUGUCUGGAAGGGACCGGGGGGCUCUUCCCAGGUGGAAGUACCCUCCGUCGUUUUGUGCACCACCUUUUCCUGUGAACUUCCGGCCCUCCCUGGAGAUUGAGCUUCCGUUAGCCUUGGACUGUCAGUUACCACAGCCAGCACUGCCCAACAGCGGACAGCCAGACAGCCAGGCUGAGCUUCCAGCUCUCUGGGGAUUCCCGCCUAUAUUUUUUUACUGUGAAGAUGAAAUUAUUGUACUAGCAUGAAGGUCAUGGGUCUGUGUGUCUAUGAAGUGAGUCUGUCUACUGUGAGCUGAUUGUAGAACUCUGCUGUGUUGCAUCCCACUAGGCCAGCAGCUUAUGUUCAAGGGGACUAUGAUUAUGUGACAUGAUUUGUGAUUCUGUGUGCCCAAUAGCAGUUCUGGAAUGAAGGGAGGAAACUGGAGUGUACUCUUUGUUUGACCACUGUCCACAAAACCAGUGUUGAACUGUCGUGAAAUAGUUGGGGGAUGUAUACACAGGGCCUGUUGAAAUGCAUCUGUGGUGGUUCCUUAAGCGUGACAGGAUCCUGAGAGCUACUGUUGACUUAAUUCCUCUGGCAUGUCCUUCAGUAACUCAGGCCCUCUGAGAAGAAUUAAAAGAGUCCAACUGGUACCUGGCCUCACCUCAGAAAAAGACCUGCAAGACAGAGCUGGGUUAUGCAAUUUCUGAUGUAAGAAGAGGCUGGCUUUUUAUAUAAUGACAGGCACAUUGUUUUCUUCUGAUGGUCACAAACAAAGCAGAAGGGUGUUGUCUCUGCCCCAUACCCGUGUCACCAUGGUCGUGUUCUUACUGGACGAUGUCUUGCAUAGCCUAUCCUAGUGAAAGAGGAAGACAGGAGUGGCUUGUGUUUGUGCUACUGAAUAAGUUGGUCUGUGUUGACCUUUCCUGGGCUGUAGGUACUAGGCAGGUUAGCUGUCGUUGAUAGGCAAGUGCACAAGAUUGUCUCUAGGCUAGGAAGAGCUUUGGGAAUGGGGCUGGCAUUCUUCUUGGGGACCCCUCUCAGGGUCAGAUUAGAUAGACAUAACUUAGCCUUUAAAAGUUGUGUGGAACCCCCCCUCCCCGAAAGACCAGAUCUCAUGUAUCCUAGGCAGGCUUUGAACUCACAAUGUAGCUGAGAAUAACGUUGAUCUUUUGGUCUUUCUUCACCUCCCAAAUGCUGAGGUUAUAGGUGUGCACCAGUAAGGUCUGGUUUUGCAAUGGUAGGGACCAAACCCAGAACUUUUUUUUGGUUUUUCAAGACAAGGUUUCUCUGUGUAGCUCUGGCUGUCCUAGAACCCACAGUGUAUGUAUGUGACCAGGCUGACCUCCAACUCAGAGAUUCUCCUGCCUCUGCUUUCCAAGUGCUAGGACUAGAGAAGCAUGCCCCACCACCGCCAGCUCCAACCUAGAACUCUGUGUUAGGCAAGCCUUCUGCAGAUUGAGUCACACCCCAGCCUUCUCUUUAUUCUUUUACCAUAUGUUCUCUUUCUUCAGUGCUUGGGGUCAGGCCUCAUGCUUCCUUUUAAUCUUAAAUUUUAGAUUAUUUAUUUAUUUAUUGGGAGGCAGGGCUUUAUUAUGUAAAAUAAAGCUUUGAACUUGCAGUCAUCUUGCUGGAGCUAGGCAGUGCUGGGACCACAGAUGGCCGCCACCGUGUCUGGACUGCUUUUUAGUUUCUGUAACUACAGGACGUUUUUAAUCUGAUCUUGCCUUAGAAGCUGGGUUAAUAUGUGAGAUUCAGCCUGAGGCAGCUGAGUCCUUUGAUGAUCAGGAAGAAGUGGCGUUUACUGGUGGAGGUGUUAGAGGCUGGAUGAGUUUCAUCUUCUGGCUUCCUGAGGUCAUGCUGGCUCUUCCCCUGAGGUCUUCUACCUGGGGCCACCCUACAUACUGGCUUCUGAUUUUUAUUUAUUUUGUGAGUUUCUAUGAUUAUCUGCUUUUUGACAGUUAUAAUGUCAUGAAAAUAAGAUGCAUAUAGCUUGGCAAAAAACCAGAAUUCAUGAGUUUGGGGAUUUAACUCCAUGGUGAAAACCAUGCCUAACGUGUGUGAAGUGCAAUGUGGCAUUGGCCGUAUGUAGGUGAACAAAGCUGCCUUCCAAAAGUGAUGGUCUAGGUUAGAUCCCUGGCAACAAAAUGGGGGGAAAGCAGAAAGGAAAAUCUGUGGGUUGUGGCUGGUACUCUGGUGGAAGGCUUGUUCCCACUGCUGCUGUGUGUAAGCAAAGAGGGAACUCUAGGAGAAGCGUUCUGGCACCAGCUCCGCCUCAGAUGUGGAGAAGCCAUGAGCACACCGCUCAGCCCUGCUCCAGAAGCCUGAGUGUCUCCAUCGCUGGACCAGACACUCUCAUGCCUGCCGGUCGAGACCUGGCUCUUAAGCUGUCCUUGCUUCAUCAACAGAGUGGGUAGAGUGAUCCCCACAGCUGGCAGCUGCUUUGCCUGAGCCAAGGCUGGGUCUUCCCUGUGUAAUUCCCCCUGUAAGUACAGGAGUGUUUUGCUGAGAGGAGGGGUCAUCUUUCUUGUUUUCUGUGCACAUUAUCAGUAGUUUAUUAUAGAAGAAGCAUGAUGAAUUAGUAAAAAACUGAGCCCCUAGAUCUGUGAACAUGUUAGUGGUGUGAUGGUCCAAGCAGCACUGACCAUUCGCCUAUCCAGCAGGUGGGAUCAGUAGGAGGCAGGCUGCCAGCCGUGUCUUCUACUCUACAGUGAAGAGCCCUGUGGUGUGAGGUUUUGUGGAUGGCUGGGGAAGUGGGCACCUGCUUGCUCCUGUGUAUACAGCAUCUUGCCUUCUAUCCCUCACCUGACCCCAGAAGGCCUUGGCGGGGAUGCUUCGUCCAGAGAGCAACUUCUCCAUGUGAUCGCGGUGCCAGGGUUGGCCCUGUUAGAGGGCUGGGAGGUUAGGUAAGUCUUAAGGGUUUGAAAUCAAACAGUGAGGAACAUUUGUUUCAGGCUUUGAAACCCUGUUUUCUAUGAACAGAGAUUGAUUGGUCUUCACUGCCUGUGCCGAGAGGAGCUUUAAAGCGGGGGAGGUCUAAGAAGUGUCUUUUUCCCUCAGAAUGUGCUGUGGCCGUUGCUCUUCGCCACACUCCAUCCAUCAGGAUGAUCCAGCUUUAACAGGAAUGUCACAUUUUAUUUUCAAGGAACUAUUACCUAUGUCCCCUUUGUAAAGGAGAGAUACUAUGGUAAAUCUUUUUAUUAAAUAAUGUAAAGAUGUAUAUCUGUAUUUUUGGAUCAUGGAUUAUGGAUAUAUUGUUUAAUAAAGUAUUUUUGGGAAGAAA